UUUAUGUCAGAACGUUCUCAACAGCCUAACACUAACACACAUUCAACUGAUGUUAAGUAGCUAGUUUGCAGAUGGUCGUCCCUCUCCCAGACCCCUGUCUGUCUAGCCCCUGUCAAAACGGAGGCGUAUGUUUCGUCUUGACCCUUGACCCUGCGGGGUUUCACUGUUCCUGCCCCCCCAACACCAAAGGACCAGUUUGUCACAGAGAGCUGAGACAGGUCUCCAGAACUUUUCAAAUGCUUGAGGCAUGUUGGUUACCCAAACCAGAGAACAGCUGUGAAGGGGUGCGGCCAUUUCAACGCCGCUGGGCCUUUAAUCCCACUUCUGGCCUCUGUGAGGACUUCCUCUACUGCACUGGAAACAGCAGCAACAGCUUCCCUUCCUUUAAUGCCUGUAGGGACCAGUGCAUGUUGGGAGCAUGCUGCCUCCGCAAACCAAGUCUUCCCACUGGCCACCAGCAUCACAGUCACCAUGGAUACAACAUCUCCUCUGGGGACAGCACUCUUGGGCAGUACGAUCAUUACAAUUUGGAGGAUGAAACAUUGUAUGGCAAUAUAGACUUUAACCUUACUGAAUUGGAAGAUCUAAAAGAAAACCUAAAGAGAGAUCAAGAAAAAACAAUAGCAGACUGUUAUGAGGAUCCGGAUUUCACUUACACCUGCGAUUACCUCACUCUAAUGCAGUGUCAAGCUCUGGUGAAGGACCAAGCUGGAGAGGCACAGGUAGUGAGCUUUUCCCCUGGAUUAAAGUGCUCUGACGUGAGAUGUGGUGGAGGCUGUGGAUGCUUCUCUCAACGCAAACUCUGGAGAUAUGGAGAAAGGUUCAGGCAAGGCUGUGAGAAGUGCAUAUGCACUCACAGUGGCAGAAUUGACUGCGUGUGCAGGCACCUCACCCAGCGUAAAGAGAUUAGAGACCUCACACUGAGAGAGAGGAGUUUGUACCAAAAGGCUGUCAGGAAACUCUACGCCAGGCCAGCUGUGUGGAAGGGCUUUGCACUCCUGAGAGCUGAGUUUUCUCCUCAAACGGGUGAUCACGCCUUCUUCCUCCCCUGGCACCGCUACUUCCUGCGAUUAGUGGAGCGUGAGCUGCAGUCGUUGUCAUCAUGCAAACUGGGAAUUCCAUAUUUUGAGUGGACAGUGGACUCUGGGUCAAUGCAGUCCUCAGCUGCCUGGGAGGCUGGAUUGUUUGGAGGAGAUGGCAAGGCCGGCUCUGGCUGUGUCCAAUAUCACCCUUUCCAGGGCAGGACAUCUCGUUUCCACUGGUCCCCUUGUCUCAGACGGAGUUUCAACUCCUCGGUUUGGCUGCCAGAUGCAGUGACCCUACAGAGGACUUUGAACCAGGCAGACUUCCAAUUGUUCUCCCAGUCUCUGCAAACCUUCUCUGGGCUCUUUAGACUGUGGGUGGGUGGCCUCAUGGCUUCACCUUUGGCUGCUUAUGACCCUCUAUAUUUGUCACACAUGGCAUUCAUGGACAAGCUGUGGGCACAGUGGCAAGAGAAACAUCAGUAUGGAUCAGACAGACAAACUUCUAAAGAAGACCCUGCUAGACAGAGGCAUAUGAAGAUGAAGCCUUUUGAUGUUACCCCUGAUGAUGUGAUUUCCUCCGACAAGCAGAUGUGUGUUAUAUAUGUGCCCAUAACCAUCGGUGCACCUUGUAAUAUGACAUCAUUACAAACACACCUAAAAGGAAGUCUGAAAUAUCAGAAGCAUAGCUUUACCAAGACCAAUUCACAUCACUGUGGUUUUGUCAGCAGAGGCUUUGACAGCAAUGGUUUUGACCAGGAUGGGUAUGACCGUGAGGGCUACGAUCAGAGCGGUUGGGACAGGUUGGGCUUCGGCAAAGAUGGCUUUAAUCGUGACUUCAUAGAUAGGGAUGGAUAUGAUGUAUCUGGUUUCAAUCGCUAUGGGUUCAACCGUUCUAAUGUCACAUGGUUUGGCAUGCGUUGGGAUGGGAUGUUUAAGAAAGACAAGAAAGAGCAUGAAGAGACAGGUGGAGAGGAUAAGAGUGAUCAAAAGGCACUCAGAGACAAGAUCAUGUCUGAGCUCUUCAGUGACAAAGGCUACAGCAUCUAUGGGUUUGAUCCAUUUAGCUUGGAUCGGGGCGGGUUUGAUGCAUUUGGCUUUCGAACAGAUGGUUAUGACAAGGACGGUUGCAACUGGUUCUUCAAUGGACCACACUACCUGCGGUUUUACUUCCACACCCAGCAACAAUUGAUGUCAUCCAGUGACCAAGCUCUUGACCGCAUCACCCGUAUCUGCCCUCCAAUCACCUCGCUUCCCCAGCACUGGGCCAUACAGGACUGGAUGAUUUAUAAUCCGGAUGAAAGCAGUGCUUCGAAUGGUCAACCAGAGCAGGAUUGGGUGGAACAAAAUAAGCAAGAAAGUGAUGAUACUAUUAUGGCAGCCACUCAAAAUAGGAGCACCACAUGGCUUCCAAUCACACCAGAUCACAGGUUUUGUUUCAAGCUCCACUGGUUCAGCGGCUGUCCCCUUGGCUCUGCGCCUAUCACCUGCCCUGAACUCUGCCAUCAGGCUCGUUGCCAUGGUUACCCUGAGGCUGUCUGCCAUAUGCACAAUUGCGGUUCAUGUUUCACAGAGUGGCGGGAUCCAGCUACUGGAAACCAUGUAAUAUGUCAUGGCUGGUAAACCCUGGACUGUCUCCCAGGAAAAUGGAAGAAUAAAGUACUUUUCACAGCUUUGAGAGAAGGACAUUGUACUGCUUGACCCACUAGUACCUGAUGACAGGGAUGAUUGUUGAAAGGACUAAGAAAAUAAAAGGAGACAAAGACACCAUUCAUAAAUACCAAUGUGAUAAUAGCAUAACAUUCUUCUGAAAAAAAUGUUACCUCAUUGCCCAUAUUUGGGGAUAAUCCAUAAGAUGUAUGAAAUAUAUAAAAUAACUUUUAAGUUAUCAUUAAGUUUUCAUAAUUUGUUUGAAAGAAGUUCCACUGAAAACUGUUGACAGUGAGGUCUGCAGAUUUAUGUGGAGUAACAAGGUCUGAGAUAAUGUUAAUGGAAAAAUAUCUUGAUUUUGAAUCAAAUGAGUAAUGUGAAGGGUGCUGCUUGUAGUGAUGAACCCAUAGCACAACUCUAAAUUAAUGCUAAUGUUGCUCCGUAUAAACUGUCUAAAUUAGCAACUGUUUGCUAAUGUGUUCUCAUUAUCAAGCUUUUGUGGUUUUGAUUUGUCAAUGUUAUAUUUGCAUCUUGUUAUGCUGGGGGCACAAUUAAUUAAUGCAGAUUUAAUGAAUGGUUUUACAUGUUUUUGCCUAACUACAAUUAAAACUGUGUUACUUCAA